AUGUUAUCAAACAACAACAAGCAAGAUCGAGUUCUUAAAAGAUUAAUGAAAGAUUUGAAAGAAAUUCAAAUGAAUCCAUUAGAAACUGUCUAUGCAGAACCAUUCAAGGGAGAUUUAUUCAAGUGGUACGCAACUGUGCUAGCUCCAAAAACUUCCAAGUAUCGUGGAAUUAUUCUCUUGUUGGAAAUUGAUUUUCCACUCGAUUAUCCAAAUAAGCCACCAACUAUUAAUUGUCUCACCAGAUUGCAUCACUCACAUGUAUUUGGAAGUUGGAUUUGUUUGGAUAUUUUGGAGAGU